UCCUUCCGACUUGAAUUUUCCCGUCCAUAAAUAUUCACCCCCUGCCAAACGCGGAAAUAAGCCGAGAAUUUCCGAUCAUUUCCGAUGAAAAGUGAGGUUAGAAAAACAAAAACAUGCCUGUCGCGUGUUCCUCAAAGUGUGGAAAAAAUGCGAUUCUCAAGAGACCGAAAACUGGCGAUGCCCUCUGCAAAGAGUGCUUCUUCUAUGCCUUCGAGACCGAGAUUCAUCACACAAUUGUCAAAGGAAAAUUAUUUAAACCCGAGAGUAAAGUGGCCAUUGGAGCAUCUGGAGGAAAAGAUUCGACGGUUCUGGCUUAUGUCCUCAAAUUAUUGAACGACAGGUACAAUUAUGGCUUGGAUUUAUUCUUGUUGUCUAUCGACGAAGGAAUCACUGGCUAUAGAGACGACAGUUUGAAGACAGUCGAGCAAAACAGAGAUGACUAUCAAAUGCCCUUGAAAAUUCUAUCAUACAAGGAUUUAUACGGGUGGACAAUGGAUGAAAUAGUUGCCCAGAUUGGUAGAAAAAAUAACUGCACCUUUUGCGGGGUAUUUAGGAGGCAGGCACUGGACAGGGGGGCCCAGCUCCUCAACGUGGACUGCAUCGCGACUGGUCAUAAUGCCGAUGACAUUGCCGAGACAGUCCUGAUGAAUAUACUCAGGGGAGACAUUGCAAGGCUCUCCAGGUGUACUUCGAUAAUAACUUGCGGUGCAGAUACGAUAAUGCGUUGCAAGCCCUUGAAAUACACUUAUGAAAAGGAAAUAGUGAUGUACGCGUAUUUUAAAAAACUCGUGUACUUCUCAACGGAGUGUGUCUUCGCCCCAAAUGCAUACAGAGGACAUGCUAGGACAUUCCUGAAGGAUCUGGAGAAAAUUCGACCGUCUUCGAUCAUCGAUAUCAUUCACUCCGGGGAGAGGAUGGUUGUCGACACCGAAGGUGUCACGAUGCCCGUGAGGAGAAACUGCAGUCGUUGUGGAUUCGUCUCUAGUCAGGAGGUCUGCAAAGCUUGCAUUUUAUUAGAGGGACUCAACAGGGGACUUCCCAAGCUGGGAAUUGGAAAGUCGCAGAAGGCUUUGCAAAUAGUCACCUCUAAGAUCUCGUCGGAUCUAAUUUAAUCUUCAAUUGUUAGGAUAUAUCUAGGACAAAUUGUAAAAGAUAUUAUUUUUAUAGACGGACAAAACAGCGGAUAAAUAAACCGAUUGAUUGGUUUUUUAAAUUUCCGUGAGGUGGAAUUAAUUUGAUCUAUUGUUGCUUAUUUGCUUGUUUACUCCAUCUGAACCGAGAUCAUGUAGAUUCGAGACAGUUCAUCCCUGGCCAUUAUUGGCUAAAUAAAAAUUUGCAUAGUGUUGAUAUUUUUUAAAACAUUUGCUUCUUAUAAUCGACUAAUAGAACUUGCUUUCCAAAUGGGGAAUUAUCUUUUACGAAGUGCCAAAAAAAUCUUUGAUUUUUUCACCUCCAAUGAUCAAAAAAUCAGAUAUUAAUUUUUGACUACAAUGAAGUGUUAAUUUUUGUAUCAGACAGAGCAUUAACUUCUGAUUUCUCAACUUUUAUUUUUGAAUAACAAACUUAAAUGGAGGAAAAAAUUGCAAUUCCAAAUGUCGUCGGACAAUUGUCUAAAAAUUUUGUGUAGUUUUCGAUGAUCGUUGAAUUUACGAAACGAGUAGAGCUACUUUGCCUACAAUGACACUAUCAAUGUCUAAAGUGACACGAUACAAAUGCUUCCUAACUACUGACCCUGCAAUUUUCCUUAGCAGUACAGCGUGACCCCUAAGGAUCCAAAAGUUUCUCAAAAUUCUCGUUGAGCUCAGUCACCAUCGGACUAAAUUAAAUACCUGGGUUUCAAACCCAAGUGGAAGGGCUGAAAUUUUUAAAAAAUCAUAACGUAGAAAAAUCUGAUAUCUGGUGUAUAACGAAACGACUGACACAAUUUUCAAUAUUUUUUAUAUUUCUGUCAUGAAUUGUUCCAAUGUUUUCAUCUCUCUGACAACAUUUGAAGAGAUGGGGAAGAAAAUGCACUCACUUUCCAUUCACGGAGCUUUUCUUUCCUAAAUAAAUUUUGGCUAAUCUUCCCCACUUCGUGAAGAGAAUUAAUACGUCAAGGAAACCAGAAAAAAAUACUCCUGAAAAAUCAAAGGUCUCCCUUAUCUCCUAGAUUGAAGGCCCCUGUCAUACCUUUCGAUAACAAAAAAUGAAUUGCAGGCCCUAGUUUUGAAUAACAAAAUCGUCUCAACUCUCCGUUCACCUGAGGCAGUGACAACCUUCGAUAGAAUUCUCAUACAAGCCUUAUUAUCAUUAAAAUUAAUCAACGAAAACUGAUCAACAGAAAUCAGUAAAAUUUUAUCAAAUGAUGUAGGCAGCAUUUUUUUGCUCUAUAGGUGCCCUGCAGACUGGGCAAUCGUUUUCAAUGCCAUCAGAGCAGUCCUCACAGAGGCAAACAUGCCCACAAGGAAGUAAAAUAAUUUCUCUGGGGUUUGUCCUGCAAACAACGCAGAGUUGAUCGUCCCUGAGGUCCUUUUCUCUCAUCCUCUGUCUACGCUCUUUCCUAGACUCAGCUAGACUUCUUCUGAGCUGCUCUGAGAGUCUCUGCUCCUCCCGAUCCUUCCAGUACCGCCUGAUGACAAUUCCACCGAUGACUAGACCAAUUGCUCCGAACAUGAGGCACAAGUAGCGAUAAAUACGCCGACGUUCGUCGAGCUUACGAAGAAGAGAACUCACGGACAUUGUUGUGAGGUAAAAGGGAGUGUUGAGGGGAGGUUGGAGUAUGAGUUUGUCUGGGGAUUCGGGGGAGGUCGAGAGCUCACCUAGAGCUGUAAUGGUGACACCCUCGCGGAGCAUCUCUUCGGUUGACUGGACACCCCUUUGACGGACACCUUGAACAAUUGAUAAUGGAGAUGGUUUCAUUCUGCCCCACCUUCAUAAUUUUUAACUAAAACUUUUCGAAAAACCGUUUCUUUGGAGAUAUUUACCAGUAAAAAAUUCCCAGAUGUGAUCAGCUAUCGUAGGUGCGCUGGGCUUGAACUCGUCAGAGAUAACGUCCAUGUCGAGAAUUUGAGCAGAAAGGGGUUCCAGAAUCUCUACACUGUUUUUCCCUUGUCUCAGGGCAAACGGAACGGUAUUAUAGAGCUCCUGCAUCGUCCUCUCCUGAUCAGACC